AUUGACGCUGGUAGACGUCCCGUGUUUCGGUUGGUCCGCCUCUCUCCCGACGAGAUUCGGCUGUUCUCGUUGCAAAGCGUCCAAGUGGAGGAAAAGGAACGAAGAAGGGGCGAAGGUGGUGUUAUUGGCGAAAAAGAAAAAAGUAACCAACAAUUAAAAAUUAGCGCUAACCGUCUCCAGAAAGUGAAAGCGGUGCUUUGAAGUCGACGGAGGCGAGGUCUCUGCUGAGCUGGUUUCCCACAGUCUGUGGUGUAAACACAUUAGUGUAGUUCUGACAUUGCGCCGUGAGACAGAACAGAGGGAAAGGUCUCCUCCCAGUCUGUUGACGGAUACAGUUUGGCUUCAGUGGAAGGAGACGCGGCUAGACCUGACUGUACGUUACACACCGGCCAGGUUCGGGUCCGCUUGAGACAUCAUUUCGGUCCGGAUCCGGACCGAGAUCCGCCUUUUGGUGAUGGCUGGUGUAGGAGAUAUGUUCUUGGCACUCUUUGGGCCUCUUAACUCCAAUCAAGCAUCAUUUAAAUGCCACAGCCUACUGUUGCACCGCCCAGGAUGUCUUCAAAGCUUCACUCUUCCAAUAACAUCGCCCAUGCCCGACGGACGGUGCAGCAGCUGAGAAUAGAGGCGAGCAUUGAGAGGAUAAAGGUAUCCAAGGCCUCUGCAGACCUUAUGAACUACUGCAACGAACAUGCUAGAAACGACCCUCUACUUAUGGGCAUCCCUGCUUCAGACAACCCCUUCAAGGACAAAAAACCCUGCACUAUAUUGUAGUGGAUGUCACGUAGCCUUAUUGUGUUGUGGUUUUUUUUUUUUUUUUUUUUUUUUUUUUUUUUUUUUGGCUUAUUAAUGUUGCUGUAUUCUUUUGUGUUGGGAGAAGUUGGAGGAGUGGACUGAAAUCGUAUCAUUCCCACAUGUUCAGAAAUGUUGUGUGGCUGUUCCAUUAGCCCGUAUUAUUCACUGAAACUAUUGACCCACUCUUCAGUUUGAGCUCUAACCACUAACAAAACUUUGCCUGCAAGUGCGUAAUGUUAAAGCAGAUGUCAUUGUCAGAAUGUCCCAACAGGACUGGCAAUCCUCAGUGAUGGAUUUGGUCUUUCCUCAUAUGUGCACAGUGUCAUCUCCAGUGGGCAGUGACUGUUAUUAGUGUCCCAGGUUUGCCUUAAAUGGGUUCAUGCAGCCAAAGUUUCCUUCCUGUCUUUUCAAGUGUGUCAUUCAAGGAGAACAGUGAUCGCUUCAGAAAGCAUUGCCGCCAGUAUUGAACAGUUUAGAUCACUAAAUUCAGGGUGAAUUCUGCUCAGAUGUAACCAUGAUGUAUUUUGGAUUGGAGCAGUAACACUUGGUGUUACAUUUGUAUCUAUUAACACAUAAUAUUUUCAACCCAUCCCAGCUGCAGCAGCUCCAACUGCUUCUGGACAAUCUGCAUCCUGUUCAAUUCACUCUUUGCACUCUGGUACUAUAACUAUAAUAUAGUAAUGUAAAAUCUCACUGCAGUAUAAUUACCUUGUAUAGUGUUGUCUUUAGCUGAUUUUAAUGAACCAUAUGUUGAUAUUCAUUCCGUAUAAAAACCUUUAGUCAAAGACGAUCUUUGCUCAGCUUCAGAUUUAUGUGAAAAAUGAAAAUGCUUUAUGGGCAACACUGUGUAAUGAAAACCUUGGGACCAAAAAAACCAAUGACAGAAAAUUGUAGAAAUUUUAAAUGGUGUCUGAAUUCAACCAUUUUAGCCAUCCUUUGUGAAAACCUUCUGUGGUACGUUAUUUUUAGGAUGCUGACGACAAAACGUGCCAGCAAUUGUUACGCAGUGUGAGCCACGCCCACUCGCUCAUCACAAGUGUCUUAGUCAAGUGGACGUGCACGUCAUUAUCUUUAAGUGUUUUGGCACCAUGUGGGUGUCCGGUGAUUUUUUUUUUUUUUCUUCUUUUCUUUUGUCUUUUAAACCACUCUCUCAUAACUGCUUGAGUUUUUAACUUUUGUGCUGGUGGGGAUGCUGGUUUUGUCUGACAUGUCCUGCAUGUUGUGAUUUGCUGGGAGAAAAUAUCUGCUAUGGUGAAUUUUACAAAAAAGAACGAAUAGAUAGUGUUAAUUCAAAUCUUCACUCUAAAGCCUUACUUAUGUUUGCCUUGUAUGAUAAAGAACAUUCUAACUGGGAGUACUUUCUAUAAAGAUGUUUCUAUCAAUUCUUAUCUGUGGGAUGAAAGUGAUUUGUAACAAUAUUGUGCCAUCGGUUUUGUCUACAUGUCACGAGCAAAACUUGUUAAAAUCGUGUUUCACUUACCAGGUGCUCCGCUUUUCAGCAGUUUUGGUAUUGUUGCCUUCUCCAAAGGGUACUGUCGGGUCUUCGAAUCAGCAAGAUCUAGUGUUACUAUCCAAUGGUAUUUUUUAUGAUUUUUUUGUCCAGCUGUCAGUUCUUCUUACUUGCAAUAAAUGAGUCCUGUUUGCCUCCUAAGGAAAAAUUCAGAUGACCACUGCCAUGUCCUAAUUUUUGUCCAUUCACAGUGACUCUGUAACAGCCUUAUUGUACCAUUUAUAGAUUAAUUUAAUUGUCAAAAUCUGCAUUUUGAUAACUGUCUUUAUUAAUAUUCCAACAUUUGUAUGAAGACUUAACUGAAAUUAAUAAAGUGAAGCAUUCCUACAGUCCAAUACUGUACCAAUAUCUCAAUAAAAUGUGCUGUGCUGCA